UCGACAUCUGGACCGCACGUAAGCUCCGCUGAAGUGUUAACAACCCUGGACGAGGACCAAUGAGACCAAACAGCUUCUUAAGAACAUGUGAAAUGCAAAAAUGUGAUGUUGGCUUGUUGCUCCGCUGGGUAGGAGAGAGACCGAUGCCGCUACGCAGAUGAUAGACUUCACGACGGCGCUCCCGGUGUUCCUCGGCCAGCCCUCAUGCCCCAGAGACCAGCGAGCGAAAGGCGUCCAGUUCCUGCUGACCUGUAACCAGUGCCGAGAGAGCCACAAAACUCAGGUCUGGCUUUGUUUCUUAGUUCUGAGCUUCUUGAGUACAUCUGUGUGUGCUGCCUACGUGCACAGUACACCACAGGUUCAGAAAUGCUUGGAGAGGCUGACACCCUCCAUUGAGAAAUCUGACGCUAUGCUGUAUGCUCCGUCAGCUAAUGACGUUGAAGAGAAAUGUAAAAUCAUGUCGCUCAGAUGUUACAUGUUGGAGUUGAUGAUGGUCAUCAAUGAAGAAGAAGUUAUGCGUGACGUAAACUGCAUAUUUGAUUUCAACGACACACUGGGUCAAACAGCCAAACCUGUUGGCUGCCUACCAUGUGAAGCAUACUCCCUUAAAAAUAUUACAGUAUUCCUGGACAGACUAAAUAACCUUUUGGAAGAAAUGACCACACGGUUGAAUACUCGAAAAACGUAACAUGAUGUAUAUACUGUAAGCUACAAAUGUGUAUUUGUAUAUAUCUGUAAAGUACUGUGGCUCUUUUUAUUUUUGUCAGUAUUACACUGUAACUAUGUCGACAUGCGACACUCCAUGCCGUCCUGUAUUUUAUAACAGUUUAAAUCUAUAGGAUGACAGCACUGCAUCUCUGGCCGUUGACUGUUUUUAUCUGUACAGAAUCUCUGUGACUGUGCAUCAUAAUCUGCCUUCCUGUUGUACAGUUUUGAGAGAAGUAUCAGGACGCAGCUUGUACUGUAUAUACAGAAUGUAUUAUAUUAUUAACCCUAUGGGCCCGAAUGACGCAAAGUGCGUCCAAAUUCACGCCAGUUCUUCUCUAUGGAUUUUCUCCGCUACCAUGUGUCAUAGCGAGAAGCUUGUCGGUAGUCCAAUGUUUUCACAAGGAAAAACAAUGAUAAAGUUACACUAAAAUGAUGUAUAACAAAGCUUUCAUACAGCUUUGCACACACAUUACUCUUGGAUGGAUUACUGGCGAACACAUCAUUGUGCCGUCAUCCCAUCACGCUAUAAAUACAGAUCAAUUGUCUACAAAAUAAAAACCUGACAAAUUUCUUUACAAUCCAUUAUACAGAUCUUGUUAUCAGUCACUUCAAAUAGUGAGGAAUAAUAUUAUUACUAUUUUUCUGUUAUCUUAGUUGUAAAUAUUGCAUGUCUCUUUCAAAUAAAACACAUUUUUGACUUGUGGAAUUUCUUGCAAUAAUGAAAAAAUACUGGCAAUCAUGUCCGCCUGGCAUAAACCACGUUUGUCACAGAAUGACAUCAUGGUUCUUAUAUUGCCAGAUUUCAGAGAGUCUCCCCUCUUCAUAUAUGGCAGAGUAUGUCUACUUCCAACUUGCUAUGGUGAGAUACAUGUAAAAAUGUAAGAAUUUUUUUUUCAUUGAUAUAAAAUUUAAUAUAAAAUACAGGCACAUAGAAGGACAUGUAAUGAUGGCAAAUCUGGAUAGCCCAGAUUGUCCUGAAAAAAACAAAAAAAACAACCCAAGAUAUAGCAUGUGUAUGUAGCCUUUAUAAUGACUGUGAUAUGAGCUUAAAAGUAAAGGCAGUAAAAAUGCCCCCAAAAAACGCCUAGGGCCCAUAGGGUUAAGCUCACUGCUAAACACUACUGAAUGUAACACCUAUUAUACAGUAUAUUCCUUAUGGACUCCAGUAUAUCCAAAACAGUUCCUCACUUAAGUAAAUAAUAUAACUAUGUCUUUCAUUGUAUUUCUUUUAUAUAUUAAGUGUUUGUUAAAGCUGCCCUUUAAGGUUUGUUCGUAGGCAUUCAUACUGAAAACAGCCCUGCAUUAAAAAAAUGUGUGCAGCUCUGCUGGUGCGGGUGUGUUGUGUCAGAUACCGAUGAGACAUGAAAUAUGAUCCAAAGAGGCCCGUAUGAGUAAUAGAUCUGAGUUUGAAGGCUUAUCAGAUACCUAAACGCAUGGGAUUUUACAACUCUUGAAGGUUAUCAUGGUGACAAUAAUUGUAUCUUUCAUCCAGCAGUCAUGAGGUAGAAAUAUCAGGUUCAUGUUUCAAAAAUAGUCCUCCAAGAAUGUGUGCUUGGAUGUAUUUAUUGGCCAACGCAGCAUCAUGUGAGAUGAUUGGGCGACCCUGUGCUUUUUUUAACCAAUCGUCGAAAAAAUGUUGGCAUUGUAUGUUUGUGCUAGCCACAGAUAUGUUACAUUUGCACGUUAUUAUGUACCAGAUACCUUGAAACUUUAUAUUUUAACAACACUGUGGUUGCGUUUUGGUUUAAAAUAUCUGGUUUUGGUUGCACAAUGUCUCAGUAAAACAACGACCACUUUUCGUGGCACUAUCCACGAUGGAAAAACAGUGACGGGUUUGUUGGGUCUUAAACUGUGAUCUGCAGCUGGACAGGCUUCUUGCCUAGGUCCCAUGGCAUCCACCAUCCCUUCUGAUGACAAAGUCAGCUCAUAAACUAUGCCACAUCAGAAAUAUGACCUGCAUGAAAUGUGCAAAUGUGAUGUAUUCUUGAUUUUCAGAAACGCACAAUGCCAAUAUUUCCUUUAUCAACUGGGCUAGUUAUUUUAGAGAAGCCAAAACGUUGACAGACUGACCUCAUUCAAAAGAAUAAGGAAGCAUUGCAAGGCUGAAAUUGGUCUGAAUGCAGCCACACUCACCAAAGUGCAUUGUGUAUCCUUUAUCCGUUAAGCAAACAUGCUGAGCACAUUCCUUUCCGUAUAAAACACUUUUUAAAAAAAAAAAAAUGUUACAUUCAUGUUUGUUUGCUAGCAGUCUUCCUCUUCACUGCCUUUUGAACUUGUCUAACAGAAAUGUUAAACACACGACCCUUAUGUUCCCACAAAUAUGUGCGUCCUCAUGCCUGAUAUAAACAAAAUGGUGAGCCGCUUGUACAAGUGAAUUGCUCCAUAGUGCUACUCAAGGUCAAAGGGCACCUUUAAGUGGGUAUAAAAAGCUGUGAAAUUUAUGAUGAUCCUGUGCUCUUCACUGGUGUCAUUAUAUGAUGCUCUGUUUGGAAUUUGACACUCGAGAAAUGAAAUAAAAGUACAACAAAA